GGGAGGGACAGGAAGAGGCUGACAGCCAGCCAAGGUCUCAGCGGGGAAGUCUGGAAGAGACCCCGAAGUCACAGGGAAGGAGGUGACAGCCCGGUGCCUUUUUCACUGAAGACCUCACUUUCUGCAGUGGUGACUUUCUGUGUCUUUGCAGGGCCAAAGCAUGUGGCGGCUGCUGAUCCUACUGGCCCUGUGGCUGCGCACUGAAGGUGUGGGUGGGGCUGAGCUCACCGAGGUACAGCACAGGGGCCUGCAGGUGGCCCUGGAGGAGUUCCACAAACACCCGCCUGUGCAGUGGGCCUUCCAGAAGACCAGCAUGGACAGCGCCAUGGACAUGCCCUUCCCAGCAGGUACCUUUGUAAGGCUGGAAUUCAGGCUCCAGCAGACUGGCUGUCGGAAGAAGGACUGGAAGAAACCAGAAUGUAAAGUCAAACCCAAUGGGAGGAAGAGGAAAUGCCUGGCCUGCAUCAAACUGGACCCUGAGCAUACAGUUCUGGGCCGGAUGGUCCACUGUCCCAUAGAGACACAAGGCCAGGAGCCCCAGGAACCUCAGUGCAGCAAGGUGCAGCGGGCUGGCGAGGACCCCCACAACUUCUACUUCCCUGGACAGUUUGCCUUCUCCAGGGCGCUGCCCUCUAGCUGAGCCCUGGACUGAAUCUCAGUUGGCUUCCUGGACAGUAGCAGGUAGCCCCACCCAGCCAGACGUCCAAGACCAAUAAAACUCUUCUCCAAA